AUGCUGAUACCAGUGAAUAUCUUCCAAGACGGCGAAGACAGCGCGCUGGAAUUCGCGCCAAAUCCGUGGGUCAUGAAGCGCGCCCACGAACUCGACCCGGACGACGACGGGGACACACCACGCAAAGGAUGGAAGCGGCUCACAACCAAAGAAGAAGUGACCCUCUUCGAGAUCUGCAAUCGCCACGCAGACAGUUUCGGCCGACGCAGCGAUCUCUGCAAUUGGUGGAAGACCGUCGCAACCGAGUUCUCCCACGCAAACGGCCGCCCGUAUUCAUGGCACUCGGUGCGGAGGAAGGUGGAGAUGGUUACGAAGAAGCGCAUCAAGUUCCUCGAAGAUCAACAGCAGCGACAACGGGAUUAUUCCGGUGCGAAUCCGGUCCCUGACGUGAUGAAUCCGCAGUGGUGUGCUGUGCUUGAUCUUUGGAUUCCGACCUGGCAACAUUGGGAGGAAUCGGAGGCGCAACGGAUCGCGAAGCGCGACGCGACGUAUCGCAAACGCUCGCAGAGUAAACUUGAUAAUCUGUGGAAGCCUCCACCUCAAGCUGCAGACCCGGCCUUGGAACCGGUUGAUCUGACCUCCCCAGCCAGCCCUGAUGAUACCGGCAUCGAUGCCAAUGAUUCUUACGAGGGUCCUAUCGUUCUAGUUACGAGGAGUCCCCAACCAACGACUGUCCCUGCCACGGCAGCGCCAACGGUCGACAGACCUUCUUCUAUUCCGGCAUCCAAUGGAGGUGUCAGACUACCUCCAGGAUUCGAUACUAUGUUUGCAAACAAUCAUUCUCAGCCUACCCGGUGGCCUCCGACCUUUGCACCAGCACCCAGAGCGGCAGAGCCAUCAUCAGAUAACCGCGUGUUCAGCGCCAUGCUCGAGGCUAUCGGGAAACUCAAUAGACACCUCGAUGCAGCAUCGGACAAUAACAGAAAUAACGAUGCUCCAGAUGCUCGCGCUUCGCCAGUGAUAUCCGCUCUGGUUCAAUCAGCUACUGAGUCCACCCCUCAAAACCCAGCUUCAUCAGAGGACUCACGCAGAGCAUCGAGCAGCAUCCCCUCCAGAGACUUUGAGCGAAUUAAAGAAGAACUGCGGCGAGAGAUGAGAGAAGAAAUGCGUCGAGAGCGGGUCGCAUUCGAAGAGAAGCUGGAUUCUGUUCAAAGAACGCAAGAUAUGAUUUUAGAGAUGUUAAGGCAGGAGCCGGCUUGA